CUUUAUUAUUCAACAGUAAAGAAAAAUGUCUCCGUGUUUUUUUGAGAGAAAUGUUGAUACAUAGACUAACAAGAUUAGCAAGUUUAUAUCUUUACAUGAAUCAUCUAUUACCCACCCAUACGUAGAUAUAAAUGUAUUAUUGCACAAAAUGUGCUGUAUAUAGUGAAAUUAACAUAUUAUUUAAGUUCAAAAAUAGUAGAGUAACAACAGUAAUUCAUAACCAAAUAAGUGAAAAAUGACUUGCUACUGUUGUAAACCUUGCAUAUGACUUGGAAAAGAAGAUCGCUCAGAAAACUUGACAAUGAGCGUUCAAAACAGGUACCCUUACGAGGGUUUGCUGCACAAAUACACAAAUGCCAUGAAGGGUUGGCAAUAUCGCUGGUUCAUCCUGAGUCCAGAGACCGGUGAGCUGCACUACUUUUUGAGCGAGUCAGAGAAGAAUCAAAGACCUAGAUGUUCAAUUUAUCUUGCUGGUGCUGUUAUCGCCCCUAGUGAUGAGGACUCCAACACCUUUACCGUAAAUUCUGCUACUGGUGACAUGAUAAAGCUGCGUGCAACGGAUGCCAGGGCACGGCAGGAGUGGGUGGACAAGCUUCGCGCGGUCACCGAGAUGUACACCCGAGCCAUUGCCAGCAGUCACCCACCACUGCCACCUCGUGAACACUCAGGCAGCCUGCGCGCUAGCAAUUCAGGAAGUGGAGGUAGUGGCAGCGUGGCUAAGCUCGAGGUCCUGGAUGCGUUUGCCAACUGCCGUGAACAGCUUAACAAGGCUGAAAAGCAGAGCCAGUCACUGGCUCAAUCCAUCGAAAGUAGCAGCUUGAAUCUUGAUCCAGAACUAUUGCUACUUAAGGCAACUGCUCACGCCACAGUCUAUACCCUCAAUCAGUGUCUCAACAUCCUUUACCAGUAGCGAGUGCUCGACCAGGCCAGGGAGAGAGGACUCAAGGCCAAGGUCAACGGAGGGCUCUGGUGGACCGUCACCAGGGACAAAGAGCAGUAGAGUCUGCGGAUAAUUGCCUUUGUGGUAGUGCGAUCUUGAUCCGUAGAGUGCUGUUGUUUGGUAGAUAAUGAAUGAGUAAUGAGCGAUAAUGUCUUGCCAGGAUUGGUCAUUGAGAACAUUGCAGAGUUAUCUGGUGUUAGAGAUUUUUCAUAUUGUCUUGACAGUAAAUCCCUUGAACAUUACUGAUACUUUAUGGUUGAGAAAAUUAAAAAAAUCUUAUCGGAUACACUUCUGUUUCUGCGCAACAAUAAUACAAAAGUCUUCAGAUGCACCCUCAAACAAGAAGUAAAAUGUUUUUUAGAUGAAAAAUCCUCUAUUUCAUUGAAAAAAUGUUGGUAAAAGAUACUGUGCCUGAUUUGAAGUUUACAACACAACUGUCGAUUUUUGACUGUAAAAUACUAUCUGUCUAUAACAAAGUGGCAGUUGACUAUCCUAAAAUAUCAUGAAUAUCUAGCAAAAGAAUCAAAUAUUCUUUGUGGAUAAAAUGAGUCUUUCAAACUCUUUCUUCUCAAAACAUUAAACUUUAAGCUAUAUUUUUUUGUUGUGCAGUCACAGGUUUUCCAAAUGAACUUUUUUUAUUAUUGCAUAGGCCAAUAUAAAAUGUAAAAAUAUACAUAUAUAUAAUAACAAUCAUCUGUUGAAUAUUUGUUUAUUGAAGUUUAAGUUGUAAAAAUAUAUUUAAUAUAAUGACAUUUAAAAUUACAACUUUUAUUGACUCCGGGCAAAUUAUAGCUUAAAAAGAGACUUUUGUGAUUUAAUAUCAGUUUUUGCACUAUUCAGUAAACCAUACAAAAUUUAUUUUAUCAAGUUUAGGCAAUUUGACUGAAAAUUAAAAUGUUAAUUGUACAUGAAAGUACAAAUUUCGCUAUUAGAAUUAUCCUAAUUUUCAGUGCUUUGAACAUAUUUCUCGUAUAGUAAUGUCAAUUUUUCUAAAAAUAUUACGAUUCUAUGCAAAAAAAUACUUUCAAUUAUAGUACAUUAUUUUAUCGAUUUUAAUGGAAAUAUAUUCAGACAUAUAGACGAUUUACUUGAGAGAAACGAUAAAAUUUCAAUAUCUUGUAAGUUUUUGGCAUAUAAAUAAGGUUUGGUUAUAAUUUUUUAAUGAUUUAAGCGAUAUUUGGAUUCAAUUACUUUUGCGAUAAAGGUUUUGUUCUUUAUAAAUGCCUAUUGCUUUCCAAUUAGAAAUAACAUAUUGUCUUAUUUAUUUCUAUGAAUACUUUGGAUCAUACUUUGAAGUAUUUAAAAUACUUGCCCUUCGACAUUUUUUUUAAAUUCACUCGAAACUUGUACAGUAUAGUUAAAAUAAGCCAACCAUGACUAAUUAAUUAUUUCUAUAAAAUUCUGAAUAACGUCAGUAAUCAUUGUAAGUGAUAAGAAUACUAUUGAAUUCCACCAUAGUUCAGUCAUUUAAUAUUCUAAGCUUGAGACAGAAAAUAGAUUAUAUUCGCUUGUGCAACAGCUUCGACUUAGGAUACGAGACAAGGAAGUACAAAAUAUUUUCCAUUUAGAAUUAUUAUAAUGUAAUAAUCAAAUACAUUGUUAUUCUGUUUGUAUAGCUAUGCGUUUGUCGGUCGCGCGAGAUCCAGAGUGUCACACACAAGUGCGUUUCCUACAUAUCAUUGUUUUUUUCGAACGAUAGCAAGAAUAAGACAUCCUCUGCCUUCCAGAAUUUUUGUAAUCGUCUUUUUUAACUUAGUCUUCUUUUCGUUGAUUGUCCCUGUGUGUAAAGAGUAAAUUUCAUUGUUUUUUUGUAACGUGAGUGCGCUCUGCCACGCCAAUCAAUUGUAAUUCGAACUCUAGAAUGUUUACUUAUGUAAAAUGUAAAAACAAAAUAACGAGAAGAGUCGUGCAAUUGUGUGAGGGUGUCAGAAAAUUCGUAACAUGUAGAUACGUAUUUUGUAUGUAAGUGUACAGUUGCCGAAGAGGAUUUCAGGAAAUAAAAAUUGACCGUUACAGGCUUUUAUUAUUAA